AUGUCAAUGAUGUUCUACAAAAGUACUACUAUCUCUAUGUACCUGGCUUCCAAACUAGUAGAGGUAAGCGUAUUGCGGCUUUGUUUGUGUGUGUGUGUAAAACAAUCGGGAGGAAGAAAAUUCUGAGCACAUCUACUCCUUUGUAGCGGUUUGGAGCCAGUGGGUCUGUUACACCCACAUCUGACCUGCAUAUUUUCAUUUUAGGAAGGCGGAACUCUGUGUGGAUGGGCAACAGAACAAGGAUACCCCACAUAGCAACAUAAUAAUAAUAAUAAUAAUAAUAAUAAUAAUAAUAAUAAUAAUGGAAAAGGCACAGACCAGCAGGUGCAGGAUGCUUCUUUGAGAACAGCAACCUGAGUGCAAUGAUGUUUGUAUGCUUGCUUUGUUGCUGAGCUGGUAUAUCUUGUAUUUUAAGCUAAAAGGUUGCUUCCACAUGUUAAUUUUUCCCUUGAGGAAAAGCAGCUCCGAUCGAAAUAACACCAGGAAUCAGCUUGGAAGGAUAGCAUUUCAUGCAUCUGUUGGCUUUUCCCUUUUGUAUCUUUUCACUUCACUAAAUGAUGAGGUCUACUGGUUCCAGACUUGCUGUGUAAUAUUGCACCACACAGCGGCUGCUUAUUCUCUCCGGAGUUUACUCCAGGGCACUAGGACGCUGGUGAAAGCAGAAUCUCUGCAUGAAUUGCCACGUCAUGGCGGCCAAAAACCAGCCGACCAAAGAGGGACAUGUUGCUUAGGAGGAGAAACGGUGCAGAUAAAAAUAAGCCUCCAUUAAAAGGAAAACCAAAAAUGCUUCGAAAGAGCAUGCCAUUUCAAGUAGUUUUUAGAGCGCUGAUUAGUUACUGCUCUAAGAAAGAAAGAAAGAAGCACCAACACUAUAUAGAAGGUAGUUAUAUUGCUUGGAUGUAAAAUGUCCUCUAAUGCAAUAUGAUGUUAGGCAGCUGUUUACACUAGAAAUACCUGUAUUUUUCUGUCUAUAAGACGCCCCCAUGUAUAAGAUGACCCCUAUUUUUUGAGCCCCAAAUUAAGAAAUAAAUAUUUUAAACAUUCCAUGUAUAAGAUAACCCCCAAUUUUAAACUUAAAAAAAUUGGGGAAAAACAUAGUCUUAUACACGGAAAAAUACGAUAAGUAGCAAAACUGCAAACAUGUAAGUACUGCCCCAUAUCAUUCCUGGAGUUUAUUCCCACUCCUGCUGCAACUGAUCGUGUCGUCUUAGUACGGUUCCCCUCUUCCUCACUCAGUUCCAUGCUAGAAAGAGAUGCAUUGUAAGCUACGCAAAAACAUUUAGCUAGUCUGCAAUACAUGUUUCCUUGUCACAGAAUUUGGACAUUUCCCCCAGCAUUCUGGAGACUCUGUAAAAACUUAGGCCAGAUUGGUAUUUAGGUCUGGCGCCACCUGGCGGUCAAUAGGCAGCACUGCAAGUUUGCAAAAAAAUGAAAUAAAGACUUCAAACAGGAAGCUACCCUCUUAGCUCCUCCCUUCUCCUUCCUUCUUCAGUUUCCCACUUUGCCUCGCAGAAAUUGGUCCUUUCUUCCUUCGACACCUGGCAUUCUUGGAGCAGGAAGGCAUAAAGUGGAAGCAGUGGCCACUCUCGGCUCCACUGCAUCUCUUGCCUUUGUAAGAAUACUUUGCUCUGUGUUUCUUUCAUUUAACAGGCCAUGUAUUUCAAAGGCAUCGAAGCCGGAAAGGUCCCUUAUUUUCCCCAUGCCGACAGUAUCAUCUACGCUGUGUCCACAGCCAUCUGCUUCCAGGCAGUAAGUGUUCAAUCUUUAGUUGGAAGCUGCUUGAUGUGUCUAAAUCUAUAAAUCACAGUUGAGUAAAAAUAUUUAGAAGCAAGGAGACAGUUUGACCCUGCGUACAAAGGUUGGUAGCCUCUUUCCUGUGUUUCCCAAUAGCAAGAUUGCCAGAGCUUUUUAUGCUGUUAGACGAGAAGACUUGCUGAGGCUUUCAGGGGAAGAGUGUGUGUUCCCGGAACAUGUAGCAGCAGCUGUCUGCUGACUUGAGCAGCCAUUGGACUUGAACCCAUCCCUUCCUUUGUGUGACGUUAAAGCUGUGGCUGGUGGGACUGUUCUUCUGAUUAUUUUAUUAUUACGCUGUCUGUUUAUGCUGUUAUGUUUUUUAUUAUGUCUUUAUUACAUUUUUUUAUUAUGGAUGCUCCGUAAAAUGUGUUCUUAGUGUUGUACACUACCCUGGGAUCUUUUGAUAAAGGGUGGUAUAUAAAUUGAAAUAAGAAUAAUAAGAAUAUGGUUAAAUUCAGAUUUUGUUGUUGUAGGCCGUGAUGGAAGUUCAAAACUUGAGACCUUCAUAUUGGAAAUUUCUAUUACGGCUAACAAGGGGAAGGUAAGUAACCAGCAGUGAUUUUAAUAGAGCAGUUGCAGAUUGCAGUUCUGUGAGAAGUUUGGUACUCUUUCUUGGGAGAAAGAUCGAUAGUCUGCUAAACGAGGCCAUCAGAAAGAAGAACCACCCCAAAGUAUCUUACUGGCUGUAUAUUAAAAAUAUAGGAUAGUUGUGGUCAGGAGAGCACCAUUCCUUUUGAAUUUCCCUGGUUUCUGCUUGUAUCUCAAGGUUUCAUUUCCAUGUCUAUUACCAACAAUGUUUCUUAAUUCAGGAUUAAGAAUGGAUAUUUGCAUUUGCACACCAUCACAGAUCCUGUGAUAUGUGGAGUGUAAACAUGCAUACAUAUUUGUGGUUGUGUCUUUAUUCUAACUUAAAAGGGCCAUCUGCAUUGGCGCUUCUGGAAGAUAAUUUCCAUUCUGACUUCUUUUUUAAAAAACAGUCAACUACUUACACAAAUACACCAUAACGCUAAAGCAAUCAAUUGAAAAUCGUGUCAUAUCUGACAGGCUUCACUCUUUGCAGUGAUUAGGGUAGAAUGCAGUUUGCGUGCAAUGCCCCAAGUUUUAAAUUAAAAGGAAGGGACAGGGUGGGUAGCUUAUCUGAACACAGACAUAAGUUAAAAAUGGAGAUAAAUAAAAAGAGAAGAAGGCAAACAGGGAAGGAGAAAUCUCAAGCUACCCAGGAACACUGUAAUUGUUAAUGCAUUGGACUUAACGCUUGGUAAGGUAUCAUAUUGCCACACUUCCUUUAGCUAGAAGGAGGAGCUACAGAAUGGAGAAGAGGAGAAAGAAAGGGAUUCGUUUGACACAGGACACAUGAGUGUGCACCACAUUGCAAGCUAUAACUGACAGAGUAAUGAGCCACACGAAAAGGGGUUGUUGUGAAUAUAUUCUCAGUCUGCAAAAGAUUUUGCUACGUUAGUCCUCAGAAGAGACAAUAUCCAAAAGUUCUCUGGCCACCAGAGAUUAGUCCAUUUGAACCAUUUAAGACAUUGGAGUUCUUGUAAACACUCAAAAGCUUUUAUAAAGUAAAUAAAAGUUACUUUCUGGCCCGUGUAUCUAGUAUGGGGGAGUUUUUAGUUUGGCCUAUCAGAUAGAUAUAUUGAUAUAUAGAUAGAUUUGUUUUGGUCAUGUUUCCUAUCAUAGAUCCAUAAUUUCAGACUCCGUUUUCAAUAAAACAAAGGCAAAAAAAGUCAUGAGUUUUCAUGACUUAUUUCAGCAGCGAAUGCUUUGCAGGAACCGAGUUUCAUUCAGAAUCAGAGUUGCCUUAUGCUCCCAAGUGAUGCAGUGUGCUCAACUGUCUUGUAUUUUCCAGGUUUGCUGUCAUGAACAGGAAAGUUUUGGAUGUAUUUGGUACUGAAGCAUCUAUGAAUUUCAAGGACUUCGUACCUGCGCUUGACCCAAGACAUACAGUGGCUCCACCAGAGAGGCCCGUUGAGCGAUCUUGGUAG